AUGACGUGGGUAACUCCACCAUUACGGCCGCCCUCAAUGAUCCGGGCACGGGUCUCUGCCUCGCUGCAACGGCGCGCAGGUCCAUCGCGGCGGCAAACGUUCAGCACCACGCCGCAACCUUCGUCGGCCGGAUACGCUUCGACGCUGCGCAACCUCGCCGCCGGUCCGCACUCCAAGGUCAUCGUCCAGGGGUUCACGGGCAAGGCCUCGACGGUGCACACAGCCAUCUCAAUGUCGAUGGGCACCAACGUCGUCGGCGGGACCUCGCCGGGCAAGGGCGGACAGACGCACCUCGAUCGGCCCGUCUUCAACUCGGUGCGCGAGGCCGUACAGGCAUGCCAGCCGCACGCCUCUUCGGUCUUUGUCCCCCCCGCCCUGGCUGCCGGGGCGGUGCUCGAGGCCAUCGAGGCUGAAGUGCCCUUGGUCGUCUGCGUCGCAGAAGGUCUGCCGGCAAAGGACCAGAUGAAGAUCAUGUCGGCGCUCCACAGCCAGAGCAAGACGAGGCUGCUGGGCGCCAACUCGCCCGGAUACUGCAAUCCAAGGGGAUGUCGCAUGGGCAUCUCGCCCAUGAUCACCGCCGCUCCAGGGCCAGUAGCCAUCGCCUCGCGCUCCGGCACCGUCUCCUACGAGGCCAGCUGGGCCACAAAGCACCUCGGGCAGUCCUACAUCCUCGGCCUCGGCGGCGACUUUUACCCGGGCACACGCACCGUCGAGGCGCUUGAGUUUUUCAUGAACGACCAGGAUACCAAAGCCAUCAUCCUCUGCGGCGAAGUGGGCGGCUCGAUGGAGGAAGAAGUGUACGAGCUCCUCUCGUCCUCGUCCUGCCCUUACCGCCUGUCGCCCUCGUCAACCUCGCCGCGGCGCGAGGGCGAUGCGACGCCCUUCAUCAAGCCCAUCGUCGGCUUCAUGUCCGGCCUCGCGGUGCCGCCGGGCCAGACUUUCGGCCAUGCAGGUGCCAUCUGGAGGGACGGCAUCCACUCUGCCCAGCAGAAGCAGGACCUCUGGCGGCGCGCCGGCAUCCGCAUCGCAGAGGCCAUCGCCGACGUGGGCAGGCUGGUCGAGGAGGAGCUGCAGCUGCAGAAGCGCAUGCUGGCCGGCGGGAAUAAGUGA